GGAUUAACUACUAAAAAGAAUAAAAAAACAUUAACAACACGAUGCUACGGACGAUGGUGUCAGUUGACUUGCGUAAGUUUGAAAAUAAUCGGUCGACACCGGUGGCAGCCGUGCGAUCAUUAGGCAGGACCACAAUGGAGAUGCAACUGUUUAUAAGAUAUUGAAGACGAAAAGUAGAACAUGCAAAUGGUAGCUACGACUAGUGAGUAUGAAAACAAUGCAAUGUUCCAUGUUUACGAGUAGGAAAAAGAGACAUCAUUAUCAUACCCUUCCAUUUCCAAAACCGGAACUCCUAUGGAGAUGCUAUCAGCAGAAGAGGAAAAAGCAGGAAAGACUAAGCAGUCGCAUGAAAAGGAUAAGGUCGGAUAUGAAAGAAAUAAGUGAAGAACAAAAAGAGAUCAAAGAGAGGCAAAGAAAAGAAAGAGAAAAAUUUGAAGCAAUUGAAUUAGAAUGCGAGGAACUGAGAAACCAGACAAUCCUCAUAGCACAACAAACUGCGAGCACCCAAAUUCGUCUUGCUCUAAUGUUGCAAAUCUUGAAAGCAAGAGAAAACCUAGAGUUCGACAAGGCAGUCAUGCUCACUAAUGCUCUCCGUGAAGUGAUAGCGAGAAAAUAGUACGAAAUGGAUGCAUCGGAAAAUGAUGGUUGGAGUUGGAGGCGAGCUCUAUUGUUAUUUACUUUCUGUUUAUGUUUGUCAGCAAUUUCAUCUAACCUCAACUACUAUAAGCAUUCAAUCCCAUGUAAUGGUAUAUUGCAACUCUUAACUUCAAUUUAGUUUGCAUUUGCAAUAAAUUUGCACUUAAACAUUGCCAUUCAAAAAUA